AUGAACCGUAUCUUGGCAGCGCGAAGCUCUUUUGCAUUCUUGCGCACUUCGUCAAAUAUUGCAAAGCCACCAGCAGGAUCCCAAUCCACUGCUGUUUUUGAUACUAAAACUCACACUGGCCAGGCUUGGGAUAGCAAAGAUUACAGACUUCAACGUUUCGACACUGCCCAAAAACAAGUUAAUCCAAAUGUUGCGAUGAAUUUGGUAGCGGAACGUCCAGCACAAGAUUGUGGACACGAACGUGUUGUCUAUUGUGACGGAGGUCAUCCUGCCUUAGGUCAUCCUCGCGUUUUCAUUAAUCUUGAUAAGCCUGGAGUUCACGCAUGUGGGUAUUGUGGAAAUCGUUUCUAUAACUCGCAUGUCACAAAGGGAGAAGACCUAGAAACGCAUCAUCUUAACUGCUAG